GAUCCAACUGCCACAAACCGCCGCAAACCGCCAAUUCCCACUGCUUUCCCCCCAGUCUCAGCCCACAAUAUAUACAUACAGACAUUUGUUCGUAGUACAUACGUGUUAUCAGCAAACAACAACCUUAUCCUUUUUCUUUCCAAUCUAUAGCAAUCUCCCACGUAUAUAUAAGGUCAGGUGUGUAAAAGCUUGGUCGUACACUAAAACACUUCACUAGUUUUCCAGCACCAAAAUAUCUUCUGCAAAUGUUGUCAAAGUCCAUGAAUCAAGAAGAGGUUUUGAUCAGCCCCAGAAACACCAAGAAAAUCACUCAUUCUUCUUCUUCUUCUUCUUCUUCUUCUUCUCCCUCCAAGAAUUCUGGGUUUGUGAGUUUUUGUAAGAAGCUAACCAGAAAGAGAGCCAAAGGGGAGGAGGAGCUGAGCAGGCUUACGAGUUCUUCUUCUUCUUCUUCUUCAUCUGAGGAAAAUGGCAGUUGCUACGAGAGGGUUUUCGCAUACUUUGACGAGGAUGGAGAUGGGAGGGUGUCGGCGGCGGAGCUGCAGAGGGCGGUGAGGGCGGUAGGAGGGGAGCUGACGGCGGAGGAAGCGGAGGAGGCGGUGCGGUUAUCGGACUCCGACGGGGAUGGGAUGUUGGGGAUUGAGGAUUUCACCAAGUUGAUGGAGGGGGAGAAGAAAGAGGAUGAGCUGAGAGAGGCUUUUGGGAUGUAUGCAAUGAAGGGCACUGAUUAUAUUACUCCCAAGAGCUUGAAGAAGAUGUUGGGUAGGCUUGGGGAGUCCACCACCACCCACAACUGCAAAGCUAUGAUUAGGAGAUUUGACCUUAAUGGAGAUGGAGUUCUUGGUUUUGAUGAGUUCAAGAUCAUGAUGAGUUAAUUAGUUAAUCCAAGUUUACACUGCACACCCAUUGUAUAUAUUAUGAUAACUUGUUUUGUAUUGUAUGAUUCAGUUGAAUUCUUUUGUGUAAAACAAUAUUACUUCAAUAAAUCAUAUGUUUUUUUUUUCUGGGA